GGUCGGUGAUUGAAGUGAAUGAAGCGUUUUCAGUUUUGUGUGGGCAGUGGGAUGGGAGAAUUGUUGCAAGUGGGUGUGAUAAUUUUGUAACUGAGCUUGUGAUUUGUGUAUAUUUCCAGCGUUUUCAUUUUUGAAGGAUUUUUCACGGUCUAUCCAGCUCUGAAGGAGCACUGUUUCAUCUCAAAUCUCAAUCUAAAUCUUCCAGCUCGAGCUCUGACUUAGUCUGAAGGAGGCCUAUUGUUAUCUUUUCUGAAUUGGUCGGUAUGCUGGUCUCAGUAUAAGCCAGCUUGAAAAUAAACUGACCAGGAACAGACUUUUCAAUUUCUGAGGAAACUUUUUGCAAGUGAAACCAUUAGGUACUGUAACAGUACUCAGCAUGGCAAGCCGGGAUACAUUUGUACACUUGUUUGCUGGCGGGAUGGGCGGCACGGUGGGCGCCAUCGUCACCUGUCCACUGGAGGUUGUCAAGACCCGGCUGCAGUCGUCCCACAGCGGGUUCGAGCUGCGCGUGCCGCCGCUGGCCGCCGAGACGCCCGGCGCCGUCACGUGCCGCAGCGUGGCCGGUGGCCGGCGCUGGCCGCUGCAGCCCGCCGGCGCCGGCCACGAGCACGUGACCCUGCCGCCCGCGGCCGGCGGCGGCGGCAGCGGCGGCCCCGCGCGCGGCUCCGUCGGCCUCAUCCGCUGCAUCAGAAUCAUCAUCGAGAAUGAGGGUCCGUGCGCGCUCUGGAAGGGCCUCGGGCCGAACCUGCUGGGCGUGGCGCCGUCACGAGCCAUCUACUUCUGCUCCUACUCCAACGCCAAGAAGUUCUUCAACCGCCGGCUCAAGCCCGAGUCGCCGCCUGUGCACAUGGCGUCAGCGGUAUGCGCAGGGUUUUGUUCGUGUACGGCAACGAACCCGAUCUGGUUCAUCAAGACGCGGCUACAGCUGGACCAGCACAAAUUCGGCCAGAGACUUCGGGUCAUGGACUGCAUCCGCCGAGUCUACAGGGAAAAGGGUGUGCGGGGUUUCUACAAGGGAAUAUCGGCUUCCUACUUCGGCAUCACGGAGACCAUGAUCCACUUCGUCAUCUACGAGCACGUCAAGCGGCAACUGCAGGCGUACAGGCACGCGGCCGAUCCCAACAAGACCAGCUGGGACUUUGUCGAGUUCAUGGUGGCCGGCGCCGUCUCCAAAACGGUCGCCUCAUCGGUGGCCUAUCCCCACGAGGUGGCGCGCACUCGUCUGCGCGAGGAGGGCACCAAGUACCGCCGCUUCUUCCAGACGCUGCGUGUGGUGUGGGCCGAGGAGGGCUACCGGGGCCUGUACCGCGGCCUGGGCACGCAGCUGGUCAGACAGAUCCCCAACACGGCCAUCAUGAUGUCCACGUACGAGACUGUGGUCUACGUGCUCAGGGACCGCUCUGACGAGCAGGACAGUCUCUACGAGGACGACGAGCCGACUGACGUGCAGACCGGCUCGCGCGUGAGCUACGCGUAGCGCCGCAGCCGGCACUGCGCGCAACUCGAGCUUGAGCCGCUGGCCGCCACGCGGCGCUGCGAGCGUUCCCGUGCACAGAUCGCUGCCUAGCGGCGGGUCUGUCGUUUUAACUGCGUCUGACGACCGCCUGGCGGCGCCACCGUCGAGCGCGACUGGCUAGUCUGGCCCAAGUGGUCACUGUCCUGUGAUAGAGGUGGAUCUGCGACCGGGGCGGCCCGGCCGGACGCCGGACGGUGCCGGGCCGCCGGUCGUCUGUAGCUGUGCACGUGCAAUGAGCUGUGGGGUUACGUCGUGAUGAGUUGCUGGCGGGUGACCGUCUGCCGGGGGCGGGGAAUUAUGUAAAGCGCCCUGCUGGCUCGGUCGGCUGCGGGAGGCGUGCGUUUGUGGACGGGUGCCUGGUGACGGAUGCUCUUUGCGUGUUUUUGGAGUCUUUUGUAACAGAAGAUUAAAUACAUAUUGGAAUAUAAUG